AAGGUUUCAGACGAUGACAGAACCACAACUCAUCAGCUCCGACGAGUGUCUGAAAAUUCUACAAGCUCAAAAUGGAAGACAUCUGCCCAUAAAUGAGAUACAAUUGGAGCAACUGACCAAAAAUUUAGGUUUUCUCGGGGAGUAUUACGUUCUUCGUAUAAUAACUGAACCAGUAUUACUAGAUGGAAGGUAUAUACACCAAAGUUUCAUAAAGACACUACCACAAAAAAAUCUAGAAUACCGCGCUGAUUGCGAGCGCAAAGGUGUGCUUAAAAAAGAGUGUGGCAUUUAUAGGAAAAUAUUACCAAAAUUACAAAGAUAUGCCAAAUGUAAGCUUUUUGCCGAUUGUUAUCUGGCGCGCGAUGAUUUAUUGGUUUUGGAAGACCUGUCUUUUAAAUAUCGUCAGCUGCCAGCGAAAGAGAUGUUUACGAUGGCACAUUAUCGUUCUAUUUUGCGACAUCUGGCAACGCUGCAUGCCGCCGGCAUUGCAUGGGAAAGAGAUGAGCAUUUCUCUAUAGGUGAACGCUAUAAAGACGAACUCUUUGAACUUCUUUUAAGCAACAAAAAUGAUUGGUAUUUGACAGGCGUUAAGGCCAUCAUCUAUCUGGCUGCACAACAUGGUCAGUUCCAAGACAGCAAAUCCCAGUCUUUUAUAAAAAACAAACUCUAUGGAAUGCUUAUUCAAGCGGAAAAACUUGCUCAACCUUCGAAAAAGCUGCGUAAUGUCCUCUGUCAUCGUGAUCUCUCGAAGGGCAAUAUCUUUCUGAGCUCUGCUUCAGAGAGCUGUCUAUUUGUAGACUUUGGUAUUUCUACAUAUAGUCCUCCAGCUAUAGAUAUUCACUUCUUGUUGUACAUCAAUUCCACAAUCGAGAGGCGACGUUCCAUUUAUAAGGAAGUCAUGGACUGUUAUUUUAAUGAACUACAAGCUCGGUUUACAGUACUCGGUAUACCUGCUGGGGAAAUAAGCCGAGAGGACUUUCAGUUGGACUGUAGACGUGGACAUUUGGCUGGAUUGAUUAUGAGUGCCAUUUGCUUACCAUUGUUUAAGAUGCCGGAAGAUUUUAGCAAGAAAUUGAGGGAAAAGGAUAGCAUCAAGUUCGAUUAUUGGAUGAAUGUGGAACGUAGUGAACUCUUAGAAUUGGCUAUGGCAAAUGAUACAGCUUAUAAGGCAGAGGUGUUGUCUAUAAUAGCUGAACUUGUCGAGUAUCUGAAGACAGAUGAUUCUAGAAAAAUUCUUGACAUAUAAAUUACCUCAAAUUUUACUUGAUUUUCUUGUAGUCGGGCAAAAUUGUCAAGUUAAUUCAAAAAAUAACUGACAAAUUUAAUUUAUAUUGUCAUAAAAAUUAAACUAAAAAUGCAGCUUAGAAUUUCUGAUAGUCACGUACAUGUUUUACUAAUCAAAUUAAGAAGUAAAAUAUUUUAUG